AUGACCAGUUUUUCCAACUGGCCUUGUCUGCAGUCUCUACCGGCAACCGAGCCUCCCCUCGUUCUCGUAAUCGAAGUCUUCUGCUUGCCCACAUUUACGCAACCACUUGGCCAGCAUACGGGCCAAUCUGGUUGCAGUGGUAACUGCUCAUUAUCUCCGGUCUCUGGGUCACUCAGGGCUGCUCAACUGGGAGUGCGACACAAGAGCAUUGCUGCCAGACAAAUCAGCAUGUCCUGCCAAAUUACUUGUGGGUCUUUUCUCAUCUUUUCUGAUUUUGCGCGCAAACCGUCGUCUGAUCGCGAGAUUGGGGGGCUCUCGAAAGUCGAUCCGCCAAUUUGUAUGAACAGGUCUGGUCCGACAAGCAAGAAGGGUUGGGAAAUUGCAUUCAUAUCAGCUCGACACUUCCAUGCCAUCUUUCAUCCCCCUGCUCUGCUUAUCCAUUCUUUGUUUCCAACCCUUCACCUUUAUUGUCUCUAG